AGAUAUUCCAUUUGUCUCUCUCUCUCUCUCUCUCUCUCAAUGGACGAUCUUCAACUGCAGCGGAUACAAAUCUCAGGCCCAACACUCUCCUCCCUCUUACAACGCUUCUCCUCCUCUCCCGGUGACCUCUCCGGCCUCCUCUUUGGCCACAUCUCCCUCUCCACCCCCUCCCCCUUCUCCGACGACACUCCCUCCACCACACCUCCCUCCUCCUCCCCUGCCCCCACUCUCACCGCCACCAUCACCUCCUUCCUCUCCUCCCCCUCCCCCUCCUCCUUCUCCCCCUUCUUCUUCUCCCCCACCGCCCAAAUCACCCCUCCCUCCCUCUCCUCCUCCCUCCUCGGCUGCUUCUCCGCCCGCCGCAAAACCCCCCUCCGCCCCUCCCUCCGCGAGUCCUCCCUCACCUCCUCUCUCUCCUCCUCCACCACCCACAACCACACUUUCCCUCCCUCCAUCCUCCUCCUCCUCACGACACCUUUUCAAGACCAAACCAUCUACACCCACGAGUACAGAGCCUACCAGUACAGAUUAUCCACUCACUCGUUCGAGCCCAGAACCCUAGACGUCGUCAACCUCGGCCCCGGUUUUCGCUCCCAUUACGAGUCCUUUUUCCCUAAUAAUUCUCCUUUCCCGAUGCUGCCGUGCGGGGCCAAGGGCGAGGGGGAGGGUUUGGCGUCGUCGAGGAGGGUGUCUAAGGAUCAAAAGGAGCUGGAUAUGUGUGCGGAGGGGUUUGACAUGGGGCGGUUGGGUAGGUUGGUGGGACAGGAUGCCGCGGGUUACAAGGGGGAGAUUGAGGAUUUGUAUAGGAAGAUGUUGGACGACAUGGAUGGAUUGGCUAGGCUUGUGGAGGAGAGUUCGGCUAGGGUUUUAGAUCAGGAAAAUCACAACAUGAAGCUGAGGUACAAAGUUGCUGGCUUGGAAUAGAAGUUUGUUACUUGGCCAUGUUCUUUUCAGAUUUUUAGGGUACUUCUCCCUUGUCACAAGAGUGUCAAAACACAUUGGAGGCACUGGAGACUCAGGAGAGAGUGUGAAAACACAUUAGAGGCGCUAGAGGCUCAGGAGAGUGCAAAAUAUGUUGCAGAGUUGAAGCCGUUUCUAGCCACGUACCUCAAUCUCAAGCUUUUCAUGUCCAUGUAAAGAUAUACAUAGAUGCAUUUCAUCCUUUUGGGAACCAAGCACGUGUCUGUCACUAAUCGUUUUGAGGAUGUCAUGGUAUCCGUACAAAGUGGUUAGGCUUUGUCAGAGGCCUAUACGAUUGUCUCUUCAUGAAAAACAGCCUCGUUUUCCAAGUAUCCCUAGGAAAGCUCAUUGGUGUGGUCUACCACCUUAGGUGGUUUUCUAUCUCUCUCUGUAGGAUUGGCCUAGGCAAGGUGACAGAAACAGGGUAAAACUAUGCAAUGGAUCUUUCAUAUUUACCAUGGUGUCAUAGGCCCAAAGUAUGCAAAAUGGCUCAGUAUACCUUUGUUUGCCUGUAGUAAUGCUGCGCCGCGUUGGGCAUUUGACGCCUGAAUAACACUAGGGGAUGUGGGCAAUACUUUUUGUUGGAAACUUGCUGUAGAAUUUUAUGUAGCACUAUCAUUAUAUACCUAUACAGUCUGUCGAGCAAUUAAUAAAAAAAUAUAAAGUUCAUCUUUAGACGCAUUUUUGGCCACCCAAUAGGUUGUGAAUAAGAAAUUUGAUCCAUUUCAUGGGUCCAGCCACUAGAUAAGCAUCCUCGCCCGACACUACCCAUACUAAAGUGCAUGUAACAUAUCUAGCGAUCAAGCCACUGUGGGAACAAAACGUCUUGGCAUACCUGAGUCCUGCCUUUAAGCCUAGCUUUGUUGGUUCCACAAUGGACAAUUGCAGUAACAACAUUAGGUGUGCAGUGCAACCACCGUAGACAUCUUGUAGAUUGCAGUUAGCUACCACAUUAUUGAGAUGCGUGGAUUAACCAACGCAGCAGUGAAGUUUGCAGCAUAUUGAGAUGCAUUGUUAAAAGCAAAGUCAAGCUCCUAUGUAUGAUCAUUUAACUCAUUCAAAAUUAGCCAACGUUUGGAGCAUGCAGCUGUCCCUGAAGACUGAUACAUGUACUAUACGCCAACGUGUAAGGAACACAAUAUUUUUGCAAGUAUCUUUGACACAAGGCAGUUAAGGAGGUAUCUACAGAAUGAAGCCCUAUUGGCGUGUGGUAUUCUCUUAGAUCAAAUUACCAUUUAUCUUUGCUUCCUUCUUUUGCUGUCUGCAUAGGGGAAAGUAAGGUAUGUAAUUCACAUUAUCAGGACAUUAUAUGCUUUCUAUGUCUUCUAUUGGAGGGAUUAUUUUAUUAAUACGCCUACAUUUGCUAACAAAAGAGUAAUAUUUUGUUGUUUGUUGGGUUUUCCAGGUGCUUAUGUGCACCCUUAACAUAUAUAGAGAUCUGCCCUCAUCUUUCAUGGUAGUUGCAAUGUUAAAUACCCUAUGAAGCAUGGAUACUCUGAAAUUAGUCGCCCACGGGUAUCGAAUAUGUGUUGGACACUGAUACACCCCGAUACAUAUCAUAUACGGAAAAUACGAAUUAUGAAGCAAGUAAAAAAUAUAGUACAUGCAAAAACUAAAACACAACAAACAAAAAUAAGGGGCAACCCCUAAAUAUAGUAGGUUAGUCAAUAGAUACACAGAUUGAGAUGUAAGUCGAUUCACACUCACAUAGAGUCGAAGUUCAUCGAUUCAUCCAACUCUUCGCAGGUACUCUCUCCCCCAAACACAGUUACACACAUCAUAAAACACAGACAGAGUGAUACUAUAUAUUGUAGAUACAACAUACUGAAUUUUUCUCUUUUUUCGUCUAAUUUACGUAUUACAUGUAUAUCCAUACUGAAUCUUGUCUUUUUUAUGCCUAGUAGAUGACUAAUAAUUAUAAAAAUGUCUAAU